AGUGACGUCACCUCAAGCGAGAAGGAAGCGGAGCGCUUGCUGGAAGCUGUCACACAGUAGUUGUGGCGAAAGCAAGAGAACCCUUUCCGCACGCGCGCACCCAACUGUUGCGCUACACGGACAAACGGCACGGCAGAAAAAGAACGUUGUAGUUAUCUGACAGCAACUUCCACAUACUCUGCGGGGAAUUAUUCUCUCCUGUUUCUGCGAUGGCUGAUGUCAUACAAAGCAACGAGCAAUCCUCUUCUGACGUUGCAAAUCGAUUCGCCCGUAAAGGUGCUUUGAGGCAGAAAAACGUCCAUGAAGUGAAAAACCACAAAUUUAUUGCGAGGUUUUUCAAGCAGCCGACUUUCUGCAGUCACUGCACUGACUUUAUUUGGGGGUUUGGGAAGCAAGGAUUUCAGUGCCAAGUGUGCUGUUUUGUGGUCCAUAAACGUUGCCAUGAAUUUGUCACAUUCUCAUGCCCUGGAGCUGAUAAAGGGCCAGACACAGAUGACCCUAGGAGCAAGCACAAAUUUAAGAUCCACACCUAUGGCAGUCCUACAUUUUGUGAUCACUGUGGAUCUCUUCUAUAUGGACUCAUACACCAAGGGAUGAAAUGUGACUCUUGUGAUAUGAACGUCCAUAAGCAAUGUGUGAUGAAUGUGCCAAGCCUUUGUGGAACAGACCACACAGAGAGACGAGGACGUCUUUACUUGAAGAUUGAGGUGAUAGGAGACAAAAUGCAUGUCACAGUUGGGGAAGGCAAGAACUUGAUUCCAAUGGACCCAAAUGGAUUGUCCGAUCCAUAUGUAAAACUCAAGUUGAUUCCAGACCCUAAACAUGAGACAAAACAGAAAACAAAAACCAUCCGUUCUUCCCUGAAUCCGGCUUGGAAUGAGUCAUUUACAUUUAAGCUGAAGCCAGCAGAUAAGGACCGUCGGCUGUCUGUGGAGGUUUGGGACUGGGACAGAACCACCCGUAAUGAUUUCAUGGGCUCAAUGUCUUUUGGUGUGUCCGAGCUCAUGAAAUCCUCAGUGUGUGGAUGGUAUAAAAUGUUAAACCAGGAGGAGGGGGAGUACUACAAUGUGCCCAUUCCAGAUGAAGAUGAUGAGAAUACAGAGCUCCGACAGAAGUUUGAGAAAGCCAAAUUGGGUCCAACCAAAAAAAAUAUCACUCCUUUGGAUGACAGUGGGUCUACCUUACCCUCAAGCAGUUUGGACAGUGUCAAGCUCACAGACUUUAAUUUCUUGGCAGUAUUGGGAAAAGGCAGUUUUGGAAAGGUGAUGCUGGCUGAGAUGAAGUCUACUGAUGAACUUUAUGCUAUAAAGAUCCUAAAGAAGGAUGUGGUCAUUCAGGAUGAUGAUGUUGAAUGCACCAUGGUGGAGAAGCGGGUUCUGGCUCAGCAGGACAAACCUCCAUUCCUCACCCUGCUUCACUCCUGCUUUCAGACUGUGGAUCGUCUGUAUUUUGUGAUGGAGUAUGUUAAUGGUGGGGAUCUGAUGUACCACAUCCAGCAAGUGGGCAAAUUUAAGGAGCCCCAAGCAGUGUUCUACGCUGCAGAGAUUGCUGUUGGACUUUUUUUCUUGCACAAGAAAGGAAUCAUAUACAGAGAUCUAAAAUUAGAUAAUGUCAUGCUGGAUGCAGAGGGUCACAUUAAGAUUGCAGACUUCGGUAUGUGCAAGGAGAACAUUGUGGACGGUGUGACCACCCGUACAUUUUGUGGAACGCCAGACUACAUCGCUCCAGAGAUAAUAGCAUAUCAGCCAUAUGGUCGUUCUGUGGACUGGUGGGCUUAUGGAGUCCUGUUGUACGAGAUGCUGGCGGGUCAGCCUCCAUUUGAUGGUGAGGAUGAAGAUGAACUUUUCCAGUCCAUUAUGGAGCACAAUGUCUCCUACCCUAAAUCCAUGUCUAAAGAAGCAGUUUCCAUCUGCAAAGGACUGAUGACAAAACACCCUUCAAAGCGUCUGGGCUGCUGCCCAGAAGGGGAGAGAGAUAUUCGUGAACAUGCUUUCUUCCGUCGGAUUGACUGGGAACGCCUGGAAAACAGAGAAAUACAGCCUCCAUUCAAACCUAAAGUGUGUGGAAAGGCGGCAGAGAACUUUGACAAGUUCUUCACACGCACACAGCCACAACUGACCCCUCCUGAUGAGCUGGUUAUCGCCAACAUCGACCAGGCCGAAUUCGAUGGAUUUUCCUUCAUCAACCCUCAAUUCGUCCAUCCCUCCAUCACCACCACUGAAUAAAAUGGGAAAAGGAGGGAAUGAAUGUGAUUCUACCUACUACCCCAAAACUCUGCCCUUGCCUUUACCCUUUUAUCUGACAAAUGUUAAACCAAAACCACAAUUAUCUCAAAUUAUGUCCUGUCUUUUUUGUUUAAAAAUCUGGCAAUUAUUUUUUUGCAUUUUUCACAUCAUUUCAAUGUAGGCCAGUCGAAGAGUUUACCUUAAAGAUUGAAAAUAGAUUGAGAGAUUUUGUUUUUAAAAACUCAGUAACACUUUAAACUGGUUAGGAAGGGCUGUUUACAUUACAAACUGAUCAUCUGACUUAGUGCAGACCAGUUUUUAAAAGUCUAGAAGGCCGUCUUAUCUCAAGCCACUGGUGGCUGGCACAGCAUGAUUUCACCACAUCUGCCCGAAGCCCCAUAGGAGAUACAGAGUUGUGUGCUUCCUAAGACAGUCUUCCCAUUCAGGGUUUCUAAAGGUAAUCGCCAAAGCCGAUGGGGUUUCUGUCUUCCCCUUAGCACUAUACCAAUUUACCUAUUUACAGAAUUACUUCUGGUGUCAGUUUCAGCAGUCACUUUUUGGAGUCUCCAGUGUUUUCUCAUUGUAAGUGUCGUUAAAUGUUUUAAAUAAAAUGCUAAACAUCUCUCAGUCUAAUAUUUGCACAUAUUUCAGGUAUGGCAUGACAACUUGGCACACCAUUUUAACAACUUGUUUGCUUUUUCUGUUUGUUUUAUGGUAAAAAAGCAUGCCGAGAGUUUCUGCAGUCCACAAGCAGACAGAGCUGUGGAUGCAUGAGAUGUUUUGAAAGGUUUCAUGUUUCAACAUAGUGUUUUGCGUUUUUAAAUUUAAUUUUUUUAUUUAAUUUAUGUUGUUCCAUAUAAAAUUGUUUUAUUUCAUGGUAAACAGAUAUACACUUUUACCCAUAAAAAAAAAAGACAGAAUAUUAAAGGUAUUACCUCGUUAUCCCUUUAAUUCACCAAGUGUUUUUAAAAUAUCCUCUUUUUUGCCAUAGUGUAAAAUGUCCUGGGAACAUUUGUGUGUGUGUGUGUGUGUGUGUGUGUGUGUGUGUGUGUGUGUGUGUGUGCGUAUGUGUGUAUUUUGAUUUGGUAAUUAGGGAUAUUACAAGAGGGAGAAAUAUUUAAGUGUUGGCAUUUAUGUCAAGAUCUAAUUAUGUUGUUCUUAAACUAUCAUUGUCUGCAUACAGUAUAAGUAAAUAUUGAAUACUAAAUGUUAAUCUCUGCUAUACCUGCAGAAUUACCUUUACAUCAUUAUGUUUGGAUUUAACAUAAUUGAUUGUAAAUUGUAACAUCGUUAUGUCAUAUUUCUCCUCUUGCUGCUUCAACAUUUCGGUUGUACUUAAUAAUACAUGCUAUUUAAACAGUAAAGAACCUUUUUAUACCAACUAAAUGUGACUUCAUUACAUUACAAAGGUGAAAUUUCUGUGACAUUAGGGCAAAUUUAAAACGAGUUUGCAUUAACUGUUAAAGGGAAAGUUCAUUUAGAAAUAGAAAUUCUGUCAUUUAUUCGCACUGAAGUUGUUCCGAACCUGUAUGGGUUUUUUUCUUGUGUUGAACACAAAAGAUAUGUUGAAGAAUGUUUGUAACUAAACAGUUGCCGGUAGCCAUUAAUUUCCAUAGUAUUUUUCCCAUACUAUGGAAGUCAAUGGCUUGCAACUAUUUGGUUACCAGCAUGAGUAAAUGAUGAUGUAUGUAAAUGAUGAGUAAAUGAUGACAGAAUUGUCAUUUUUGCAUGAACUAUCCCUUUACCAUAAAACUGAAGUACUAUUAUCGAUUAGUUUAAAUGUUUUUAGUAACUUUCAUAGUCCACUUUUAUGAUCAUUGUCCCUUUUAAAUGUGUAAUUUUGUAUUAACCAUAUCGUUACACAGUCAGCUACUAUAAGGAUAUUAUUCAGGUAGAUAUUUGUGUAAUUGUUGUUAUCAUUGGUGUGUAUUGAUGUAAACAUUGUAACAUGACAUGGAAAUGACCUUGUACUUUGCAUAAUGAAAUCAUUUACAAAUGUGCUUUCGCCAUACGAUUUUCCAACUGUACUUUGUCAAAACACCUUUGCUUUUGGCUGUUUUAAUGUGACCUGAUUGGAUUCUAUGGUUUUGAAGUGUGAGCUGAUUGGCUGCUGUCGUCCUACUAUGGUCUGAUAACUUGCCUUUGCUUGCAUGUUUUGGUAUGAAAAUCCACUUGAAAAGAUUUGUGUGUAUUUAUGAAGAAUGUUUUGCUAUCAGUGGAAUAUAAAAUUGAGAUUAUAAACUUAUUACAGCAUGGAGUAUGAACAAGGCAGAUACAUAUUAAAUAUUUUUCUCCUUUCACAUAUUUAAUAGUGUAACUCUGAAUUUCGAUUAUUUUAAUGUCUUGAUAUUGUAAAUUUUGAUAGAUUCUGUAUGUUCUUCUUCCCAUCUUUUUCUGCUGUUAGGAGUAAUUACGUAGUAAAUUUCUGAAUUAGAUGAAAAUCACACAUGGGACAAUCGGCUUGAUUAGAUUUUAGAUUACAGGUGUCAGUUUUCUUCUAGCACUAAUAUACUUACUAGUUUUAUGUUUUCCCCCUCUUUUUUGUCACAUAAAGGCAAAUAUAUUGAGAUGUGGCACCAUGCCUGUAGUAUAGAUCAGCUCAGUUCUGUCUUCUCUUUUAUUUCUAUGAUUUAUUGAUGUUGAUCUUGCCGUAAAACCCCUUCAGUGCUAAAAACUAAUCUUUGUUAAAAUUGUAUGCAGACUCCAAUCUUUCUUUCUUUUGUUGGUUCUUUCCAAAAAAACUGCUUUGCGUCAGUGCCAUGCUGAACCCAGCAGGACCAGCGUUGCCAUAACGAUGUUUGCCAGUAUUGAAUCCAGUAUUUUGUGCACUGGUCUCAUGUAGCCAUACUGUUAACUGAAUGCUGUUACUGCUCUUAAGAUUGCAGUACAGCAUCUCUUGCUCCGUGUAUCUGCCAUUCAAACAUGUGCACUACCUUGGCUGUUGUAAAGAAUGUUGCAUAGGCAUUUCUUAAAAACAGGUUUAACAUGGCAUGCUUUGAGUUUCCUCUACUGUAAGAUGAUCCAACUGCCUUACCCUAUUCUUUCUGUUCCUAUGCUGCUGAAUUAAUGAUGGAAUACAAAUGGAUGAAUGAACUGCUAAUAUUUUUGCUUGUUUCUUUGCCUCAGUCGUUUGGCUUACCCUUAAAGGAAAAGUUCACCUAAAUAUGCUGUAUCUGCUUCUUUAGUCAGGUCUUGUCAUCAGUUAUAAUUAAUUUAGAAUUAUUUCUACACCCAGAUUCUAAAAACAAGGUGGAAUUACCUAACUAGUUUUUGUGUUUGUCGAAGAGGAGAGAAGAACUUUGCUCCUCAUCUUAUAAUAUUUUUUCAUUACUUUGUGUUAUUCUUUAUGUGUAGAUUGGUUGGUACAUCACCCUGUUGUCCUUUUGCUUUGUGUGAUUCAGUCCACCUGUUUUAUUUUCAUCUGUUGAGUUUUUCAUUUUCAUUUAGAGGACAGAAUCAACAGAAUGCCUUAUUUUGCUCUCUUUCUGCCUCUCAAAUAGCAAGGUCCUGAAUUGAACCCAAAGUCUCUUUUCUUAUACAUACUAAUAUUGAUCCAUAGCAUAUAAAUAAACAAAGUAAAAUGUUGUAUUUUGUAGCUGUGCAUGUUACCCCUGCCUUUGUUGUCUUUACAGAAUAUAUGCUUUUCCACGCAAUCUUUGUUGCGAUUUAUACCUAAUGUAUGAUACUGCAAAUAAAGAAGG